AUGGACGACAAAUACGAAUGCGGCAACCGUUCUUUCAUCUUCGUCAUUAGUUCCCCUGGAGCCGGCAAAGGGACUCUGUCAAGGUGGUUGGCAGAGGACAAUGACUUCACCCACAUCUCCAUCGGUGACAUGCUGCGCGAAUUUGGCAAGGGUAGCGGCCAGAUGCAUAAGAUUAUCAAGGGAUCUUUUGCCGACCCGGCUCUGGUUAUCCUCUUCGAUUGUUCCGUGGCCGUGGCCAAGGAGCGGGUUGGGGGAGGUAUCGAUCCCGAGGAUUUCGACACGAGAUACUAUAAAUAUGUCAAUGACAACCAGAGAAUUCUCCUGGAAUACAUCGCCGUAUUUCCUGAACAUCGGGGCAAGCUGGUCGAGAUCAACGCCGACGGCGACGCGGCGACUACGUACUGGAUCCUGAGGGAGGCGCUGCGCUCCAAGCCAGAAUGGUCGGCGUUGCUAGACUCCUCGGUCUCCCCUCCCCCCUCGCCGUCCUCUUGA